AUGCAGAUGGUGGAGAGAUACGUAAGGGAAGCCAGGAUGCUGAUCGCCACGCAGGAGCAGAGCGAGAUCGCGGCGGCGCUCCGCCUCCUCGAUGCGGCGCUAGCGGUGGCGCCGCGCAUGGAGGUUGCGCUCGAGCUGAAGGUGCGGAGCCUGCUCUGCCUCUGCCGCUUUAAGGAGGUGGCGGACAUGCUCCAGGACUACAUUCCUAGCCUCAAAAUGGUCAUCUCCGAAGACGCGUCGACCACCAGUUCGUCCGAUAACUCGUCGACUCAGCUAUCGAAGGAACGACUCACGCUCCUUUCCUCCGGCGGCGCCUCCGAGCCAGCGUGUACGUGCUUCUCUGUCUCCGAUUUGAAGAAGAAAGUUAUUUCCGGUUUGUUUAAGAACGUGGAGGAAGUUGGCCAAUGGAGACCGGAAAACGCCUGGCCACCGCCGCGUUCCGCCGAGAGAGCAUUUCUCUUUCCUACGACAUCUUCUCCUCCAUCAAACACCCCCUCUCCGGGCUCCGGCCAGCCGGAACGGCCUCCGAAGACCGAAUUCGAGAGCAUCUCGCACCUCCUCUACCACAUCAAGCUCCUCAUCCGCCGCAAGACUGCCGCGAUCGCCGCCCUCGACGCAGGACUCUACUCCGAAGCCGUUAGACACUUCACGAAAAUCCUCGACGGCCGCCGAGGCGCGCCGCAGGGGUUUCUUUCAGAGUGCUACGUCCACCGCGCCUCGGCCUUCCGAAAAUGA